AUGGGUAUUCUCGACAAAACCUUCGACACCGAGUUCGUCGUUUGCGCCAUUGACAUCGGCGUUGCAGUAUCGUCUGUAUCGUUCCUCCACGUAAAGCCGGGAGAUGAUUUCGAGGCGCUUCAUGACAAAGUGUACCGCGUCAGCAAGUGGCCUUUCCACAAGGACAGGACCACCGACAUCCCUUUUGCUUUGUGCUACAGAAACGGGAAGGCAAUUAAAAACAGGAUGGGCGCAAAUGCCAAGCCACCUGGACCGGGUGAGGACUGGGUAGUGGUAAAGAACUUCAAGACUUUCGUGACGACUUUGGGGUCGGAUGACACUUCGAACGAGUCCCUCCCUCCUGGAGUUACCUUGGCCAGGGUGUAUGAGGACUGGCUCAAGUUCUUGUUCGACGCGGGCUCGGAGGCGUUUGUCGAGCAGUUUGACGUCCCUGGAGACGUUUGGGAGCGGAGGAUGUGUGUCUUCAUCUCGCCAAAUGAGUGGGGCAAGGCUGAGCAAGCGAACGUCCGCAAGAUUAUCCAUCGUGCUGGAUGUAUUGAAUAUGACGAGCAUGUUCGUUUCACUCGCGAAAGCGAAGCCACGCUCCACUAUUGCCUGUACCACGGCUUAGCGGACCAGUUGACUGCACCAGUCGGGCUCGAGUUCUUUGUUUGCAAUUCUGGUAUCACCACCGACAUUGGGUUCUUUAAAGUGAUCAGCACCGAUCCCCUCGAAUUCGAAGAGGUUUCUGCGGCCAUAUCUUUGAAUUUGGGUAGCACAGAUCCGGAUGAUUUCAGCGCAGUCAAUCUUAUCGAGGCCAAAAUUCGUGAAAAGAAGAGGAAAACAGCAACACAUCCCAAGGUAAUCGCUCCAUUGAGAGGCCCCGCUGACUUCGGCGUGAACGAGUAA